AUGUCUUUGAGAGCUGUUGCAAAAAAAAAAAUAACAUUCCAAGACCCUACUUCAAAGUCUGGAUUUGGUCCAACACCCUAUUUAACAAAACAAGAAGAAAAUUCCAUUGAGGAAUGGUUAAUUGAAAUGGCCCGCAAAGGCUUCCCAAGAAAAUCAGAUGAUGUACUAGACACCGUUCAAAAAUUUUUGACUGAAAAUCCAAGAGAAACUACUUUCGUUAAUAAUAGGCCUGGACAGGAAUGGCUGAAGGCUUUUUUAAAACGCCACCCCACCUUGACACAAAGAACUAGCGAAGGAGUAACCAAAGCUAGUGCUUCUCUAGCUGAAUGUGACAUUAAGAAAUGGUUUCAAGAAAUAAGAAACUACCGUACUAAUGAAAACCUUUUACUCAUUGUACUUUCCAAAGAACAGUUACUUAACAAACGUGUCUGUGAAAAACAUUUUGAUGUAUUUCAGUUCGGCAAUGAAGGCAGAAGACUUCGAUACUCUUACCCGUCCUUGCUUACUGACAAUGAAAUAGCUCAUGGUGUGCCUCUGACUGCAACUGGAUGGGAUGUCACAACUGAACAUAAUUACUGUAAAGAGCAAAAUGAAGAUGAUUUCACAGAAGCUGUGUUAGUGGUUAGAAAGCCUGGAAGUGAUGUUACGAUUGAACACAAUUACUACAAAGAGCAAAAUGAUUGUUCCAAAUCAUCGGUAGAGAUUGGAUCGUCAGGAAUUGAUUCUAAUACUAAUGUGGUGAAACAAAUGAUGCCAAAAGGUAGCACAUGUACAAAAAAGCAAACAGAAACAGAAAUCUAA